CCUUAGUCUCCUCGGGCCGCUUCUCCGCGAACGUUCUCUUCCUGCGCCACGCGCACCACCCACGGGCUAACAGAAAAGCCGCGGGGCCUCGCGAGUGGCACCAAGCCCGUGGCGCACCCUCAGAGGCCGGGAGGGCGGCAGGAUGUGGCUCCGCUUUGCCGCAACAGGCACCACCCGCUUCUCGUUGCCGCCGCUCUUCCCCUCCUCCUCGUCCUUGGGCCCGGGCUCCGGUUCCAGCACCAAGUCUCCCGCUCUCACCCUCCUGCUUCGUGGCCGCCAUGACCGCAGACACGUGAGCGCAACGGCCGUAAAACGCCGCGACGUCGCGCUUUUGCUCGCCGCCCCGCCGCCCUAUCUUUGGUUUUGCCUUCACGUCCGGCGCAGGAGGCUCUGCGUCAGCCCGCACAGUCACGUCAUUAAGCAGUGGAUGAAAGAACAAGCGGCCAAGAAGAGCGCUAAAGGCAACCUCUGCCACAGGAAGAGCCAGGCCGGCAAGGGCAACAGUAAAGGGGCGCGUCACGGGAAACCCGAAACCCGUGGCCAUCAGACUCCUUAUUAAAGCGUUUACAAGUGAAUCCACGUGGACAAUUCCUGAAGUGAACUUGGCCAUCGGUUGCUUAUAAAUGUAUCACGUGAAUGUUCCUUAUUGGGAGACAACAGGGCAGAACAAAAUAUGUUUUUUAAAGGAGCAAUUAUACAGGAUACAAAUGUAGCCAAUAAUAUACUCAUCUGAAAAUGAAAUGAAAAGAUAACACUUACCUUCACAUAAUGUUUUAAGAGCAGCAUACAGAUAGAAUUUCUCCAACAUUUUUAUUGGAAAGGUUUGCAAACCUACAGAAAAGUUGAAAGAUUAGCACAAUAAACACUCGUAUACUUUUCGCCUAGAUUAAUAAUCGUUAAUACGUUGCCACAUUUGUUUUUUUUUCCUCUCUUUGUGUGUAUAAAACGUUUUAUAUAUAAAUAUGUAAUUGUUUUGCUAAACCAUUUGAAAACAACUUGCAAACAUCAUGAUACUUCUAAUUUUUUUUUAGUGUUACAACUUGACAUCCCUUAAUAAAGACAUUUUGUAUAUAA